AUGCUCAGUCAGACUCCGGAAUCUUCGGUUCAGCAAACUCAGCUGACAAACACCCCCCUUUGUCGCUUCUCUGGUGGCAUUCGCUAUGGCUUAGCUCCGUCUCAGCGAUGGCGUAGAACCCAGAGACUGCCUUCGGAUUACGCCUAUGGCACCCGGGAUCAGCCCGGUCAGUGUGACAGGCUUUCAGGCGUCUGUCCGCAACCUUCGUUUAUGAACGUUUCUUUUAGAGAUGAAUGGACCGAGGAUUGCUUCCAGUGUAAUGUGUGGGUUCAUGAAGCAGAACCUCCCAAGGAAGGAUGGCCUGUUUUUGUCUUUCUUCACGGCCGCUUUCUCCAGUUUGGUACGCCAAACACCUUCUCGGCGGCAGCUCUUCUGGGUGAGACGGACUUCAAUGCCAUCAUAGUUAUGCCUGCAUAUCGUCUAGGAACGCCGGGCUCUGUAGGAGAGACUGUGGGAAACCAUGGCUUCUGGGAUCAGCGUCUAGCGCUAGAGUGGACCAGAGACAACAUCACUCUCUUUGGAGGCAACCCAUUGCAGGUCACCAUAUCUGGUUAUUCGGCUGGUGAGUCUCCUUCAACGUUUCAAAUAUCUAUCCUCAUUUCUUCACAAUCUCUCAUAAAACAAGCCUGCAUCUGGUCCAACUCGCCUGGCGUCCAGCCCAAAAAUGAAGCAGCAGCGCAGCUCCAGUUCAACCAGCUUCUGUCCGCCCUCAGUAUCCCUCGUCCCUGCCCUGGACAGAAAAAACUGUCCCGUCUCCGCUCUACCCCAGCCAAGACCCUGCUCGACGCAGUAACCAGCAUCGAGCUGCAUUUGUUCCGCCCAACAAGCGACAGCACCUUCAUAGACCCAUCUCCCUUCAACGAAUGCCGCGACGAACGAUCCCUCUACGCAACAUUGCACCCGCCGCAAAGCAACACCCUACAAUCCCUCCACCGCCGUGUCCAAGCCGACUACCCCCGUCACAUCGCCGACGCCCUAAUCAAAAUCUACUGCAACGCAGGCCAUCUACUCUACCGCUACGGCAUCGAGAAACGGCUGCGGUACGCGGACCGGACGAUCCCGCCCUCGUGGGGCGUCACGCACGCAACAGACCAAUACCUCUGGUUCUGGGGCAACGGGGAGGCGCUGCAAGCGGAGGAGAGAAGCCCAUGGUGCGGGAGGCGAACGGGGGAUUACCGGCAGGUGAGGACUCUCAGGCCGGACGGGUCGGUCCAGAUCUGCGAGGACGGUCUGUGGGACGAUGCCAUGCGGGUCGGAGGGCGUUAG